GCCUGCUGCGACGUGGUGCCCCGCGCACCUCGAGUUCGAGGAGUUCGUCCAGUGCGCCGACCUGGACCCCAUGGACUACCUCGGCAAUGCGUGGGCCGACUGGUUUGCCAAGGUGGGGGCGCUGGAGCACAAGCUGCCCGACGCCUUGGCGGACCUGUUCAGGGUGCGCCUCGCGGACGCGCGCGAGGAGGCCGCGGUGUUGGCGCGGCGCCAGGCGGCCCUUGGCGCCCUCGCCGAGGACGCCCGCGCGCUGGUGCAGCGAGCGCACCGCCCGGCGGCGCCCGUGGCCCCCGCCGUGCUGGGCCACCGCCGCCAGCUCCAGCGCGGCCCUGCAGGCUGGCGGUGCACGGAGUGCCUCGCGACCGCCACCGCAGAGGCGGCGAGGCGGCGGCUGGAGAGCUCGAGCUGCGAGCCGUCGGCCCUGCAGGGAAUGAUGGAUGCGAUCGCGAUCGCCACGAGGGCGGCCGAUCGCGUCCUCGGCCCGGUGAUUGGCCAUCCUGGGCCCGUGGCCGCCAGAACCUGGAUUCCG